AUGACUCGUUGGUUUGGUGACUCAUCAUGCUACGCAAGCACGGUGCCCCCAGGCUACCGUAGAUUGCGGAGAUUCACGAAGACGCAGCUCAAAAACAAGGUUCGAGGAGGCGGGGCAAACCCAGUCACAUCGUCGUCGACUACAGACUGGAGAGACUUGACCAAGGAGGAGGAGACGGCGCUGUGCGAGCUGAUAAUCGAAAACAGACGAAUCCAGGACCUCCAGGUCGAGCUGGAACGGAAGGAAUCGAGACCGGUUACCGUACAGGAGUGGGCGGUCGCUGCGGGGCACCCGAGCGCUCAUCAGCUCAUGGCCGCGUUGCAGGAGGGCAGGAAGGCCCAGCGGACCCUGGCGCUCUGCCACCAGGGCCUCGUGCGGAGCGUCGCCUACAGAUAUAAGCAGGUGUCCCGGAACCUGUCCCUGGACGACCUCACCCAGGAGGGCAACGUGGGCCUCCUCGAGGCCGUCGAGAAGUUCGACUCGACCAAGGGCACCCGCUUCAGCUCGUACGCGGUGUUCCGCAUCAAGGCCUCCGUCCUUCGCGCCAUCGCCGACAAGGACCGCCUCGUCCGCGUCCCCGUGCACGCCCAGGACGCCGCCAUGCGCAUCCUGGCGGCCUCGCACGCCCUCCAGCUCGAGUCCGGCGGGGACGUGCCCACCGACGCCCAGCUGGCCGUCGCCCUGGGCAUGCCCGAGGCCAGCGUCGCCCUCUACCGGAAGUCUCUACUACCCCAGAACAUCGCGGACUUGGAUAACCCCGCGCUGCCCAGUUCCCCGCAGGGGAGAGGUGGCAGCGGCGCCGCCGGAGGCGGUAGCCUGGGAGGGAGGGUGGGCGGGGAGCAGUGGCCGUGGGAAGCGUCUCAGCUCGCCCAGGCGCACGUGGUCCGACGGGACAUGAUGAGGGCCAUGCAGGCCUGCCUGUCUCCGACGGAGGAGAGGGCGCUGCGGCUGAGGUUUGGGCUGGGAGGGGCGGAGAAAGAGGGGGCGGUGGCGGACGGCGGUGGCGCGCUGACCUUCAAGGAGAUCGGGAGGACGAUGGAGCUGAGCGCCGAGGGCAUCCGGAAGAUGGUGUUCCGGUCGAUCGCGAAGCUGCAGGCCUCGGACGAGGCCAACGGCCUGCUGCUUUCCUACGCCGACCUGAUUUGA